CUCUCCUCCACAUACGAAGACAGCAAAAACCCAGUUGCACAUAUGAUAGCGAGAGAGAGAGAGAGAGUAGAACGUCAAGAGAGAGAGUAGAAAGAGAGAGAGAGAGAAUAGGCGUGGUUAUCUUAAAUGAGGGUCGUGUAGCAGAGAGAGAGAGUGCAGUUACCAUGGCGGCGUUGCAGGACUCUAAUUCCGUGCCAUUAUUGCUUCGAACAACGAAAGAGAAUUGAAAACCCAAAAAAGAAAAAAAAAAAACUUAUUUCUCUUUCACCAGUUUUUCUCUCUCGUUUUUUUUUAAAAAAAACCUAAAAAUAAUUUUGAAAUUUGUUCUCGAAAGCUGCAAAGCUCCAACAACAAGAUCGAUAGAGUCAGAAGAGCCCAGAAUCAGAAUCCCAAAAUCAGGUCAAAACCAAACCAAACCAAACACUAAAACACCCCUCACCUCCACAACAGUAAUAGUAACAGUAAUAAAUAGUAAUAAUCUCUCCUCUUCUUAAUUAUAUCCCCCCACUUAUUCCUUGCGCUCUCUACAGUCCUAAUUAACUCGCGAAAAUCCGGAGAUCUCGAAUCGCUCUGUCUUUUUUUUUUCCUAAUUGUUUUUUGUUUUAUUUGUUGUUAAAAUUGAUAGUAUUACUCAGCUCAUGAUCUGAUAUGGAUUUUGAGUCUGACCCAAAAUCUGGGUGCAAGAAAUUAUGGCUGGCUUCUUUUGCCUAGGCGGAAGAGAUCACCGUCAUCAUCAUCAAACGACAACACCAAGCAAACAAGAGGAAGAAGAUCAAAGAGAUCAACAACAAAACCUUUUUCUCUACAGAUCAAACGACGAAGAGAUCCCCAACAAUGGUUUCGAGAUAUGGCCACAAUACCAUCAGCAGCAGCAGCAGCAACAACAAGGUUUGAGCAACUACAUAUCGUUUGGAUUAACGGGCAGUAGCAGUACCAGCACUCCUCCUAGUGCCUCUCACAGCCGCAGAAACAGCUUCAACAUAAACGACGUCGUCGUGUCGUCUGAUGAUUUUCGGCCGCGGUUGGGAUUCACGGUGAACAUGAUGAGGCAAGGAGGGUUAGGGUCGGGAGGUAUGAACUGCCAGGAUUGUGGGAACCAAGCGAAGAAAGAUUGCCCGCACUUGAGGUGCCGAACUUGCUGCAAAAGCCGAGGGUUUCAGUGCCAAACCCACGUCAAGAGCACUUGGGUUCCUGCUGCCAAACGCCGCGAGAGGCAACAACAACUAGCGUCUUUACAAGCACUCCAAAAUCAACAACAAGAACAAACAAACCAACAGUUUCGUGUGGACAAUUCCAAAAGGCAGAGAGAGAAUCACCGAGGAUCUGCCUCUCUCGCUUGCACCACUACCCGCUUGCCGACCAAUACGUCAGGGUUGGAGCUGGGAGGAGCAUUCCCUGCUGAGGUGAAUUCGUCAGCGGUUUUUCGCUGCGUGAGAGUAAGCGCAAUGGACGACGCGGAUGAGCAUUACGCGUAUCAGACGGCUGUGAACAUAGGAGGGCACGUUUUCAGGGGUAUUCUUUACGACCAAGGGCUAGAUGGUCAUUUCACUAGCGCCGGUACAGGCGAGGGCUCUUCGGCACGCUGCGAAGACGACGGAACGCAACAGCUUAAUCUCAUAUGUGCAGCCACAAACACCACCACUGCCGCAACGACUACCGCCGGUACUAAUAAUCCAUCUUCAUCUAUGUCGUUGCUUGACCGUUCACUAGUUUACCCAACUCCAAUCAAUGCUUUUAUGGCCGGUACGCAAUUCUUCCCACCCCCAAGGUCUUGACGGGAGAAAAAAAAAAAGUCUCUCCUAGCUCGAGCCUUAUAACUUCUUCCACUUUUAUUUUUACUUUUGUUUCCUCUUUUAACGAAAUGUUGAUCAAUUGUCGGCUAUUAGUCUAGCAUAUUUGGUUCUAGUUCUGGUUUUUAAGUACUCCUUAACAUGCACUGAAGUAGAAGCGAAGGCCUAGGGGAAGUCAUAGUAGAAGUACUAUUAGAGAAAU